AUGCUGGCUUUGAGCGGCUGCCACGAUUCUACGCUCGCGGCCAUUCUAACAAGUCUUGGUGCUCUCAAACUUGAAACUUGGCCGCAAUUCACGAGUUAUGUUACUCUCGAAUUAUUCAGAGAGUCCGAAGAAUAUGUCGAGGAAAAGUGGGUGGUGAACGACGGAGCACUCCCAGCUGCAUCAGCACAACGUCUCAAAAUCGAUGACAGACAUCACCAGGCUAGUCAACAAGACAGAGUCCUGGACCAGAAACCAGCCGAUAGAGAAUCCCCUCCAAAGAUAGGCCGAAGGAGAGUGGAUUCAUUAUACCCGUCAGAGCGCACACAGCUAGAUGGCUACUACGUACGCGUAUUGUACAACGGAAAGCCUCUUACUGUCCCUGGCUGCAAUACUUCUAAUAAGCACCUUGAUGGAGAUCAGACCUUCUGCACCCUUGAAGCAUUCAAAGGCAUUGUAGAUAAGUUCACCCCGCUAAAUUGGAAGAAAGAUUGCAGGAGAAACUUGGACAAGCCUGCAAUUCCAAGCAGACCUGAGCCAGCUGGAUAUUGA